AUGAAUAAUUCUGAAAUGAUUCAAAUAAAUAAUGAUAUAACAACAAUAAAACAUAAAAAACAUGGAAAAUUUAAUCGUUUUUUAUCACAUUUUAAACAACAUAAAUCACAUCAUGAUCAUGAAUUAAAAAUGAAAACAGUAACACCUAUACCAAUAUUAUCAAUAAAUCCUGAAUCAUUAGAGACUAUCUCAUCUAUUAAUUCUCAUUCAUAUGGUUGUUCAACAAUUUCUAAUUGGUUUACUGGUAAAAAUAAAGAAAAUAUUCAUGAUAAAAGAUCUACUGUAAAACGAAGAAAAUAUGAAGAAAUUCAAGGAACUGUAAUAUUUAAUCAAACAAGCAAUUCUGAUGUAUAUGAUAGAAUUUUAAAAAAUAGUAUAUUGGGUACAAGAUUAGUGAAAAAAGCUGUUAUAUGCAAUCGUCGAUCAGGUGCGAUAAAUGCUUAUGGACCAGAGGAUUUUACACCAUCUAUUGAACAAAUUAAUAAAUUUAUGAUAUUAGCACAGGCUGAACGAGCAGAUCGUGUAAUUAUAGAUAAACACUUUCAUAUAGCUAUGGAUUCUUGUUUAUAUAAAGAUGUAGAUGAUGUAACUGGUGUACUUUUAGCCGAUAUAAUUCAAUAUUAUACAAGACCAAAUACAAAUGAAUAUAAUAUUGGUAAAUAUGAAUUAUCUGGUUUAUUAACAAAAAAUUCUUUAUUAAUUGCAAUCUAUGAAAUUGGUAAUCGAACUAAUGAUGCAAAACAAUUAUUAAUUGAAAUGCGAGAUUAUUUUGAUGCUCAAGGAAUGUAAUUAAUCGGUUGUUUUUUUUUUGAUUAUUUUGUUAAAUACUACUUUAAUUCUCUUUUUUUGACUAUUUACUUACUUAUGCCUGUUCCUCCUAAUGGAGCAUAUGCCAUCGAUCAGCAUUCUUCAACUCACUCUAUCCGGGGCAUUCUUUUCUAGUUCCAUUCAAUUCUUGUUCAUUUUUCUCAUAUCUAUCAUCAUUUCCCAGCGUAAUGUGUUCUUUGGUCUUCCUCUUCUCCUCUGGUUUUCAGGAUUCUAUGUGAGGGCUUGUCUUGUGACACAGUUGGGUGCUUCCCUUAAUGUGUACGCUAACCAACAAAAAAAAACAAAUAUUAUUUUCAGUAUUGAUUUUUAAUUACCUUAAAUCAUUGGAAUUUGGUUAAUUGAUUAUUGAUUUCAUCAAUGGUUACAUUCUACUAAUCAUAUUUAUUUUUUAU